AUGGCUCAGCAGGUGAAGACACUUACUACCAAGCCCAACAACCAAAAUUCAGUCUGUGAAACCCACAUGGUCAAUGGGAAAACCAUCUCCAGCAAGUUGCCCUGCUGUCGCCUGUAUCCGUGCACCCCCUCCGCACACACAAAAUCAACAGGUCAUCUUCAUGAUACCGUGAAGAGGAAUCUUGACAGCGCUGCUUCCCCCCAGAAUGGUGAUCAACAGAAUGGCUAUGGAGACCUAUUUCCUGGGCAUAAGAAGACCCGCCGAGAGGCUCCUCUGGGCAUCAGUGUGUCUGCCAAUGGGCUUCCUCCUGCCUCACCCCUUGGUCAGCCUGACAAGCCUCCUGGGGGAGAUGCCCUGCAGUCUGGUGGGAAACACUCCCUGGGGCUAGAUCCCAUCAACAAAAAGUGUAUGGCAGACUCAAGCAUCCACCUGAAUGGAAGUAGCAACCCAAAUGAGCCGUUUCCUUUAAGCCUGAGUAAGGAACUCAAGCAGGAGCCAGUAGAUGACCUGCCAUGCAUGAUCGCAGGGGCUGGAGGCUCCGUAUCCCAGAGCAAUCUCAUGCCUGAUCUCAACCUUAAUGAGCAAGAGUGGAAGGAGCUCAUUGAAGAGCUGAACAGGUCGGUGCCGGACGAAGACAUGAAGGACCUGUUUACUGAGGACUUUGAGGAGAAGAAGGAUCCAGAGCCCCCUGGUUCUGCCACACAAACCCCCUUGGCCCAGGACAUUAGAAAUAAGACUGAGUUCUCUCCAGCAGCCUUUGAGCAGGAGCAGUUAGGUUCUCCACAGGUGAGGGCAGGGUCUGCAGGACAGACCUUUCUGGGGCCUUCAUCUGCCCCUGUGGGCACAGAUUCUCCAAGCCUUGGGAGCUCUCAGACUCUGUUUCACACCACUGGUCAACCUGGGGCGGACAAUCCCAGUCCAAACCUGAUGCCGGCAUCAGCCCAGGCCCAGAAUGCACAAAGAGCCCUUGCAAGUGUGGUAUUGCCUAGCCAGGGUCCAGGGGGGGCCUCGGAGCUGUCCUCUGCUCACCAGCUCCAGCAGAUAGCUGCCAAGCAGAAGCGGGAGCAGAUGCUGCAGAAUCCACAGCAAGCUGCCUCAGCACCUGCCCCAGGCCAGCUGUCCACAUGGCAGCAGGCUGGCCCCUCCCACAGUCCUUUAGAUGUCCCCUAUCCCAUGGAGAAGCCUGCCAGCCCUCCUGGCUAUAAGCAAGACUUUACCAACUCAAAACUGCUCAUGAUGCCUAGUGUGAACAAGAGUUCUCCUCGGCCGGGAGGGCCCUACCUCCAGCCCAGCCACUCGAACCUGCUGAGUCACCAGUCACCAAGCAACUUGAAUCAGAGCUCCGUGAAUAACCAAGGGGCUGUGCUGGACUAUGGCAAUACAAAACCCCUUUCUCAUUACAAAGCAGACUGUGGUCAAGGUGGCCCUGGAUCUGGCCAGAGCAAACCAGCUUUGAUGGCGUAUCUUCCCCAGCAACUGCCCCAUCUGAGUAAUGAGCAGAAUUCCUUGUUUUUGAUGAAACAAAAGGCAGCAAACAUGCCCUUCCGGUCACUGGUUCCACCUGGGCAGGAGCAGAACCCUUCCAAUGUCUCUGUACCAGCCCAGACUGCCAACGUGGGAACCCAGCCUCCUAGUGUCUCUGUGGCCAGCACUCACAACAGCUCCCCAUAUCUCAGCAGCCAGCAGCAGGCCGCUGUGAUGAAGCAGCACCAGCUGCUUCUGGACCAGCAGAAGCAGAGGGAGCAGCAGCAGCUCCAGCAACAGCAGCAGCAGUUCCUGCAGAGGCAGCACCUUCUAGCCGAACAGGAGAAGCAACAAUUUCAGCGUCAUCUGACCCGCCCACCCCCCCAGUACCAAGACCCAACACAAAGUACCUUUCCACAACAGGUUGGACAGUUCCCAGGACCUUCUGCUGCUGUGCCUGGCAUGAACAACUUAGGUCCAUCCAAUUCCAGCUGUCCUCGAGUGUUCCCGCAGCCUGGG